AUGAAGUUCACAGUCGCAACCCUCGUCUUGGCCUCAGUUGCCUACUCCCAGACCAUUGCAAGCGAGAUGGCAAUGCUGCCCUCCUGCUCUCUGGCUUGCUUGCAAAACGCCAUCACCGGCGCUGGUUGCGCUAUCACCGAUUACUCGUGCCAAUGCGGUGCUCAGAAGAAUGCCAUCACAACAGCUGCCACUCCCUGCGUUGUCGGCGCUUGUUCCACAAGUGAUGCUCUGAAGGUCCAAAGCAUCACAGGCGAGAUCUGCACACUCGUAGCAGCCGAGUCGUCCUCCGGAUCAUCAAGUGCAACAUCCUCUAUCGCCUCAUCAGCAUCGUCAGCCUCAUCUGCAUCGACCUCAGCUGCAUCUUCCGCUUCCUCAGCCUCCUCGAUGAUGUCUUCCAGUAUGGCGUCCAGCAUGACUAGUGCUGCUAGCUCUGCGUCUACUUCAUCUGCUAGUGCCGCCAACUCUGCCGCUAGCUCGGCUUCUCAAUCCUCGAGCAGCGCGGCUGCUACUCAGACUACCAAUGCGGGGUCGAGAAAGCAGGCUGUUGGUGCUGUCGGUGCUGCUGCUAUGCUCGCUGCCUUUGCUUUGUAA